UCAAUAUUUAAAGCCUUUGAAGUGCCCACCACUUCCUCCCUUUCCUCCCAUUCCAUAUUCAACUCUCUGUGUUUAGAAACUUAUCCCAUCAAAUCUGGAAUCAUUCAUUAAAUAAAAUCCAGAAAGAGAAAGGAAAAAUCAAGCGGUUUUGAGAAGAAAAAAUGAAGAUCCAGUGUGAUGUUUGUAGUAAAAAGGAAGCUUCAGUGUUUUGCUCAGCUGAUGAAGCUGCUCUUUGUGAUGUAUGUGAUGAUAAAGUCCAUCAUGCUAAUAAACUCGCUUCGAAGCACCAGCGUUUUUCUCUCCUCCACCCUUCUUCCUCUCAAUUCCCGGUCUGCGACAUCUGUCAGGAGAAUAGGGCACUUUUAUUUUGUCAACAAGAUCGAGCAAUUUUAUGCAGAGAAUGUGAUCUUCCAUUACACACAGCAAAUGAACACACUCGGAAGCAUAACAGGUUCCUACUGACUGGGAUUAAGCUCUCUGAAGUUAUUUCAGAUAAUAUUACUAUUAGCAAUGGAAAUGGAUGUGAAUCAGGUGAUACAGUUCCUGAUUUCAAGUGUACCAAGACACCUACAUCAGUUUUUUCUGAAAAAACUCUGAAUUCAGCCGUUACUAACAGCAGCAACAGCAACAGCACCAUCAGUUCAAACAUCAAUCAGUUGAACUGUGGUGGAUCAACUAGUAAUAUAUCUGAGUAUUUGAUAGAUAUGCUACCAGGAUGGCAUUUUGAAGAUUUUCUUGUUGAUUCAGCUUCUCCUGCCCCCUUUGGUUUCUGUAGUAAGAGUGGUAACAACCAUGAUUUAGAAGUGAAUGAAGAUGUGUUAUCAUUUUUCGAUGUGGAGAAUGAAAGUGAUCAAUUUACAUGUUGUCCAACACAAUCAGAGAGUUUCUGGGUGCCACAAGCAACAACACUCUGGAAUGUAUUUGGUCAGCCUUCAGAAAUUCAUCACUACAAAAAUGGAAUAAAGCCGCAGCAGCAGCAGCAGCAGCAGCAGCAGCAGCAGCAGGAGGCGCCGCCAAGUGUGACAACCAUGAAAGUGAAGAGAAAAUACUUAAAGGAUGAUGCCUUUACUGUCCCUGAAAUCAAUUCAUCUGUAGGGUCUAAGAGAACUAGGCCUCUUUGGUAGAAUUAUGAUGAUAUGGGGGGUGUAUCUAGCUUGUAUCUUGUGUCUUUGGAGUGUGUUUGUGCUCAAAAAAUAUCUCCAACUUUGAACAUAUUCUUUUAUAUUUUUCCCUGUCA